CAGGAUGGCGUACUCUGGGAACGAGGUCGCCCCGCCCCCCGGGUUGCCUAGGAACAGAAUGGACGAGAGUUGGAGCUCCACAGCCGUGACGGUGGGUCCUGACGAGCCCCAGGGGGACGGGAGGGGCUGGGCCAAAUACACCGCCGCGCUCAAAAACUUCAUACCCUUCAGGAGAAAGCCAAAGGUGUCAGUGUCAGCUGUUGAUGACGUAGGUCUGUGGGGAACCAUGUUCGCGUCCUUCAUCACCAGUCUCGUCUGGAAGGCCCACAAGAACAAAAUGACCUUCAGUGACCUUGGAAAUCGCUCACCCUAUGACACAGGGGAACACAAUGCAAACAGGAUGUUGAGACUUUGGGAGACGGAAGUUGCCCGGAAGGGCUCCAAGCGUGCCUCCAUGUUGGCUGCAGUCUGGCGCUUCGUCAGCACACGUGUUUACCUCGCCACCGCGUUCUUCGCAGUCACGUUAACCUGCUACUUCGUGCAAGGGACCAUAAUCAUUGAAGCCCUGCUGAGUUACACCAGCGCCACUAGCCCGUCCCUGUGGUACGGACUGGCGCUGGUGGCGGGGCUCAUGUUUACCGAGCUGGUCCGGAGCUUCAGCAGUGGAAUCGCCACGGCGUUCGGCAUGCGCACGGGCACCCGGCUCCAGGUGGCGAUGACGAGCAUGGGGUACGACAAGGUCCUCCGUCUGAGGAGCCUGAAGGACAAGUCUGUGGGACAGUUGGUGAACAUGUUCGUGAAUGACUGCUUCCGGUUGGCGAUGGCGUGCCAACAGCUUCAGGUGGUGCUGCUGGCUCCCCUCAUCAUGUUCCCCGUGAUGGGGUACGCCACCUACAUCAUGGGCCCGUGGGCUCUGUUGGGAUGCUUCAUGAUCAUGCUGUUCCUUCCGCUUCAGUUGUUAAUCGGUGCCCACAUCGGCAAACUACGCAGAAAAUGUGUGAAGAUCACCGACUCCAGAGUGCGCAUGACCAGCGAGCUUCUCAACAGUGUGAAACUCAUCAAGAUGUACGCUUGGGAGAAACCAUUUUCAAAAAGGAUCCAGGAUCUUCGUAAGAAGGAGACGAAGCUGCUGCAGUGGGCGGGUUUCUGGCAGGCCAUGGUGGUGGGUAUCGGGCCGGCUCUCAUGACGAUCAGCAGCAUCGCCACCUUCACUGCACACGUCAUGGCCGGUAAUGACCUCACACCGGAACAGGCCUUUACCGUAUUGGCCUGCUUCACCAUCCUCCGCUCGAUGCUGAUGAUCACGCCGUUUGCUGUCCGCUCCGUCUCGGAGGCCAUCAUAGCUACACGGAGGAUGAAGGACCUGAUGAUCAUGGAAGAGAGAAAGGCCCUGACUGGAGCACCUUCCAAGGCUAAUAUUUCCGUAGAAAUCCGAGGAGCAACGUUAGCCUGGGAUCGUCAAGAAAAGACAGAGGAGGCAAUUUCAAAAGAAAACCAUGACGCAGAUGACGUUGAGAAAACGGUCGCACAAACACAGGAAGGAGACGCUCUACUGGCGGUCGAGAAGCUCUUUGACAUUAAUCUUACUAUGUUUAAGGGAACGUUGCUGGGUGUUUGUGGCAGCGUUGGUGCCGGAAAGAGCUCCGUCAUCUCUGCCAUUCUGAACGAGAUGCGGCUGGUAAAAGGGGGCGUGGCUGUGGAGGGGGAGAUCGCUUACGUCGCCCAGCAAGCCUGGAUACUGAACGCCACAGUCAAGGACAACAUCCUGUUCGGAGAGGAUUUCAACUCUAUCAAAUAUGACCAAGUUAUCGAAGCGUGCUGCCUCAAGCCUGACUUCGAACAGCUACCCGGGGGAGACCUUACCGAGAUUGGAGAACGUGGUGUCAACCUGAGUGGUGGGCAGAAACAACGCAUCAGUCUUGCGCGUGCGCUGUAUGCAGAUAAGGAUAUCUACCUGCUGGAUGACCCGCUGAGCGCAGUGGACGCUCAUGUGGGGGAACACAUCUUCAGGCAAUACAUUAAGGAUGGACUUCGUGGCAAGACUGUAUUUUUCGUCACUCACCAGCUUCAAUACCUGAGUGACUGUGACGAGGUGUUGCUCCUGAAAGACGGGCGGAUCGCCGGGAAGGGCCCCCACCGCCGGCUGAUGACGAUGAACGCGGAGUACGCCGAGAUGAUCCAGAACUACCUGGAUGAUGAAGGAAGCACCGACAGCAGUGACGACGAAGACUUCCACGUGACCUCGCCGCCCUCCCCUAUCGACCCUGCCCUGUUCCUCCGCCGCACACUCCUGAACCGCGCGGACAGAGCCCGCCUCUCCGUCAGGUCCCUGGGCGGCGCCAGGCGCUCUCGCGGUACCGCAGCACCCGCAGCAGGAGCAGGAGGCGGACGGAAGUUCUCUAUCCACGCCACCCCUCGCCUCGUCCGCCGCCGCUUCCACAAGAAAGAGAGAGAGGAGCCUGCCCGACAGCUGAGCCGGACCUACAGCAUCCGCUCCAACCACCCUGCUCAGCACGCCAUCGGGGAGCUCGAACCGCCUCCGGAGCAGCCGGACUUCGACACGGAGAGGCAGAAAGAAGAGGAGAGAGCGCUUGAGAAAGGGCAGCUGACUGGAGAGGAAGACCUUGAAGUAGGAAGCGUAAAAUACGCCAACUACACGAACUAUAUCAAGUUCUGCGGUGGUUACUUGAUCACCUUCCUGGUGCUGGUCCAGUUCCUGCUGAACACAGGCAUCUCCGUGUUUGCCAACUUCUGGAUCAGCUUCUGGCUCGAGCAGGGAGACGGGAGUCCUGCUAACGGCACGAACUCCACCCAAGCGAGCAGUUCCGGCAGCAUCGCCGACAAUCCGAACUUGAACUUUUACGUCAUCGUUCUUGGUGGCACCGCCCUGGCGAUGGUUGUCAGCAUCAUCAUUAAGUUCUGGAGCUUCAGUAAGGUCACUAUCGUUGCAGCGUACCGAUUCCACAAGCGACUGUUUCAGUCGGUUUUCCGGAGCCCCACACAAUUCUUCGACACGACUCCGAACGGAAGGAUUCUGAACAGGUUCUCAAAAGACAUGGACGAAGUGGAUGCUCAGCUGCCCUUCCAAUUGAACAUACUAUCAGAGCAGCUGUGGAGCGUUCUAGCGUCCAUCAUCUCCAUAGCAGUGGUCUUCCCGUGGUUACUGGUGGCCAUCGUGCCGAUCUCGGUUCUGUUCUAUGUUGCCUACUACUUCUUCCGUUCUGUUGUCCGGGACCUUAAGAGGUUUCAGAACGUCACAAGAACGCCUUGGCUGUGUCACAUGACUGAGACCCUGCAGGGUUUGACGACCAUUCACGCUUACAACAAGGACGAAGCUUUUAGGAAGAAGUUGAACAGACUGCUAAAUCAGCACACUCACGCCUUCUUCAUGUGGAUGAUGUCGGGCCGCUGGGUGCUGCAGCGUGUGGAUCUCCUGGGCAUCAGUGUCAACAUGACCACGGCGCUGCUGGUGGUGCUCUUCCAGGGCACCAUCCCGGCCUCGCAGGCGGGACUGGCGCUCACGUACGCUUUGCAGAUUGCGGGAGUUCUGCAGCACUUAGUACGGAUCACGGCUGAGACGGAGUCAACAUUCACAUCUGUGGAGCGGCUGCGUCACUAUAUAAAGGGGUUGGAAUGGGAGGCUCCGGAGAUGAUCAAAGACGCCGACCCGUCGGGGACCUGGCCGGAGGAGGGUAGCAUCCAGCUGCUGAAUCUGAGCAUGCGCUACAGGGAGAACCUCCCAUUGGUCCUGAAGAGUGUGACGUGUUACAUCCGCUCUUGUGAAAAGAUUGGUAUUGUUGGACGGACAGGGUCUGGAAAAUCUUCCCUGGGUAUUGCCAUCUUUCGGUUGGUGGAGGCAGCGGAAGGGUCCAUCUACAUCGACGGGGUUGACAUCAGUAAAAUCGGGCUGCAUUCUCUGCGCAGUCAGCUGUCAAUCAUCCCGCAGGACCCUGUGCUCUUCGUCGGGACCGUCCGGUACAACCUGGACCCCUUCGAUGCACACAGUGACGAGGAAGUUUGGGGAGCGCUGGAGAGGGUACACAUGGCCGACAGGAUCGGUUACCUUGACGACAAGCUGGAGUCAGCCGUGGUGGAGAAUGGCGAGAACUUCUCAGUAGGCGAGAGGCAGCUGAUGUGCAUGGCCAGGGCCCUGUUGAGGAACAGUAAGAUCCUGAUCUUGGACGAGGCCACCGCCGCCAUCGACUCCGAGACGGACACCCUGAUCCAGACGACGAUCCACGAGGCGUUUGAGGACUGCACCAUGCUGACAAUCGCUCACCGGCUCAACACCGUCAUGACGUCAGACAGGGUCAUGGUCAUGGAUGAUGGACAGUUGUCUGAGUUCGACACCCCUCGAGCUCUUUUGACCAAUAAGAGCUCACGAUUUGCCGCUAUGGUGAAGGCUGCCGGGAUUGACGUCACCAAGUAUAUCACCAUGGAGACGGAUGACGUAACUGUGUCUGAGGAGAACAGUCAGCAGGCUUCUGAGGCCGAUGUGGAGUGUACCAAGCUAUGACGAAAUCAGAUAGUUUAUACGUUUAAUACUGCAUAUGUAAAAUUAUAUAAUUUAAGAGUAUUAUUGCAAAUUCAAUUUUGUUAUUGUUUAUGCUGAAUCCAGAGUAAUAUAUCGUGAAGUAGAUACAUCUUUUAUUGUAGGUUUUGUAAACUAUACUUAUCUAAUCAUUGUAGGUAAUGACUAUUUAGUUAUAAUUAUACUAUCUAUCAUACAAAUUACUUAGGACAAGAAUAAUGCUGAGGUGGGGUGUAUUAAAUGAUCAUCGUCUCACACUGCAAAUGUGUUCAGUAUUAUACUUAGAAUGUACUUUCAAUUGAAGAAUCCAUUUCAAUCAUAUUGUUGUUUCUCAAAGGCACAAACAGAUGUGCAUAAUUGAAUAAUAACGUAAUUCAAUGCACGUUUAGUACUUAUUAUGAUAAUUCAAAGAAAUGUCAUCAAAUAUCAAAAUUAUCCUUAUAGAAAGUAAUGUGAUACAUAGCUAGUAUUUAUUCAUUUAUCUAUAUAUUGACUUAUUUACUUUAUGACCUUAGAAAGUAUCUUGAGCAAAUGAUCAAAUACAAAAUAUUAACAGAAAAUGAAUGGUACAUAAGAAAAUUAUAAUCAUAAAUAUGAAAUAAUGUACGUGAAAGAUUACUAUGAUAAGGCCAAUUAAGUCGUCCCUAAUGACACACUAUAAACUGAUAAAGUACAUUAUCAUUUCUGCCCAUCCUGUAUAGCAGACUAGAAAUAUGCUUAAUAGAUUCAAGGAGGAGAUUCAA